GACCAUGUAAGGCUGAAACGCGCGGAUACCUUAGGCUCAUGCAGUCAUGUACCGGUACGGCGGAACCGGCAUGCUGCAUGUCAUUGGCCGACUCGGAGAGAGCCUCGAGCCAGUGCAGGCGCGUCUCCUGCUCCUCCGACUCCCCACCAUAAGCUCAGCCAUCGGCCAUUUUCUCUCUGCCUUUCGUUCUGUCUCACUCGACCAUGUGUAUAUUUUUCUUCUGUAUAGAUUCUGUAUAUUAUACCCUUACCCUUGCCAUCUUUCUCAUGCAGUCGCCCUCCUAGCCAUUUGAACCCACCUCUUCGUUCUUUUUUUUUCUUUCAUUGCCACGCACGUGCGGCAUAACAGCCGCCUUCGCAAUAUGGGGUUCUUUGAUCACUUGCAGAAAGGUGGCGCAUUUUCCUUGCAAGCUAAGAAACCUCAGAUUCGCAAAGUUGUAUCUCAAACAAAGCCGACACCCCAGUCGCGAUCAUCCUCCGCUCCCACGACCGAUACGGACUCGUCGCCACUUGCUCGGCCUGCGUAUUCAACAAACCGGGCUGCCCGUGAGGUCAAUAGCAGGCAGCCUUCGACGCAAAAGAACGCGCUUCUGCCGAAGCAACGUGCGAAACCAAGAAACCUCAAAAGGCCGUCUCCGAUUCUGAGACUGUCAAGUGACGAUGACGAUAGCGACACUGAUGCCUCCUUCGAAGUUCGAAAGCGGACAAAACUAAGCGCUAAUGAAGAACCGGAUCUCGAUCGCGACAUUCGAGCCUCAGAGGCAUACUCGAAAGAGGGCCCAAAGGCCCUUGCGAUGGUACAUGCCGCUGAUAUCACUUCCCAAAAGCCCGCUGGAAAAUAUACGCCUGUCUUCGGAAAGGAGAAAAGUGAAACCGCGAUAGAAAUAAAAUUACAAUACCCAACUGCUCUCAAGGGUGAGAGAUAUCAGCUGGUGAUGCCAAAGGAGAAUGACGACUUCAAACCUCUGGAUGAUAUUAUGCAGGUAGUGGAAACGGUCUCUCAACAUUAUAUACCGGAAGAUGCGGCGGAUGAAUUUAACAAUGAGACAAACGGAAUCAAGAGGCGGUUUCGUAGGGCUCUCGCGCAUGCCUCUGAAGCUGAGUUUCAAGACACUCUAUCGGAUUAUAACCGUGCUGUGCAAAGACUGGUAGCCGAUGGAUCUAUUGCGAAACACUUGGAUGCAACGCAUGCUUUGCGCCUACCGCAUGUGGAGAGAAUCUUAACGCAGAUAUAUUCUCGAACGGUAUCACCUCGAGUUGAGUCGCUACGCCAGUAUGAAAACGGGACAGACAAUGUUUACGGCGAGCUCUUACCUCGGUUCAUUAGUAAUAUCUUUAAGGAGACCAAACUUAAGUCUGGUCAUGUCUUUGUUGAUUUAGGCUCCGGAGUGGGAAAUGUGGUUUUACAAGCGGCCUUGGAGAUUGGAUGUGAGAGUUGGGGCUGUGAAAUGAUGCCCAACGCCUGCAAAUUGGCAGACUUGCAAAGAGCGGAAUUUAAAGCAAGAUGUCGCUUGUGGGGCAUUGCACCUGGAAAGACACGCCUCGUUCAAGGAGACUUUCUCACCGAGACUAGUAUUCUCGAAGUCCUUAAAAAGGCUGAUGUGGUGUUGAUCAACAACCAAGCUUUUACUCCACAGCUCAACGAUAAGCUGAUCAAUCACUUCUUGGACAUGAAGGAGGGCUGCAAGAUUGUUUCACUCAAGUCUUUUGUGCCAGCUGGGCAUAAAAUCCAGUCCCGAAAUCUUAAUUCCCCAAUAAAUCUUCUCAACGUGAAGCGAUUAAAUUAUUGGUCAGACUCUGUGAGCUGGACUGAUGUUGGCGGAACCUACUUCAUUGCUACGAAGGAUAGCUCUCGUCUGAAGGCUUUCGCGGACACUCAUUCUGUAUAAAUUUAUUCAUGGUAACGAUCUUGUUUCAAUACCCCUUUGUAUAUUUUUGCAAGGUUGGAUUAUAUUUUUACGCUUAUAGAUAUCACUCUUGUUCAUUUGACCAGAGCGGAUUUACUUCCGUGUUUCUAGACAGGAAAAAUUGAAUUACUCAGAUGUCAAUAAGGUUUCAAUAGGUAU